UCUCCACCCACUUCUUCACCACAUUUCUUUCUUUCACUUCCAAACUUCUCUCUUUUUCUCUCUACAUUGCAUUUCAACUCCUCUCAUUUCAGCUUCGCUCAAAAUGGACGCCUCAAUGACCAUGUCGAAAUCCCUCUCAACUCCUCCUGGAUUAUUCUUUGGGAGAAGUAGUGGAAUAAGGAGUUCUCAAUGUAGCUUUAUGGUGGGGAGUAGUAGGAUUAAUUUUCCUAGGCAAAUAGCUCAGGCGGGUAAAGUUAAAGUUAGCAGGAAUUCAAAAAGACACGCUGGAGCUCCUAGUGUUGAGAGCCGUGGUGGCGAGAAAAUUCUUAUAGCUAAUAGAGGAGAAAUUGCUGUUCGAGUUAUUCGGACUGCUCAUGAAAUGGGAAUACCUUGUGUUGCUGUUUACUCUACCAUUGACAAGGAUGCACUUCAUGUCAAGUUGGCUGAUGAAUCGGUUUGUAUAGGCGAAGCACCAAGUAGUCAAUCGUAUUUGUUGAUUCCAAAUGUUCUAUCUGCUGCUAUCAGUCGAGGCUGCACAAUGCUUCAUCCUGGAUAUGGAUUUCUUGCUGAGAAUGCAGUAUUUGUUGAAAUGUGCAGAGAGCAUGGAAUCAAUUUUAUUGGGCCAAAUCCCGACAGUAUCCGCAUUAUGGGUGACAAAUCAACUGCCAGGGAGACAAUGAAGAAUGCAGGUGUUCCUACUGUACCGGGGAGUGCUGGAUUGUUACAGAGCACAGAGGAAGCGAUCAAGCUUGCCCAUGAGAUUGGAUUCCCUGUGAUGAUCAAGGCAACAGCAGGUGGUGGAGGGCGUGGAAUGCGUCUUGCUAAAGAACCUGAUGAAUUUGUGAAGUUGCUUCAGCAAGCUAAGAGUGAGGCUGCUGCUGCAUUUGGAAAUGAUGGAGUUUAUUUGGAAAAGUACAUCCAAAAUCCAAGGCAUAUUGAGUUCCAGGGAUUAUUCUUUGGGAGAAGUAGUGGAAUAAGGAGUUCUCAAUGUAGCUUUAUGGUGGGGAGUAGUAGGAUUAAUUUUCCUAGGCAAAUAGCUCAGGCGGGUAAAGUUAAGUUAGCAGGAAUUCAAAAAGACACGCUGGAGCUUAGUGUUGAGUGCCGUGGUGGCGAAAAUUCUUAUAGCUAUAGAGGAGAAAUUGCUUUCGAGUUAUUCGGACUGCUCAUGAAAUGGGAAUACCUUUGUGUUGCUGUUACUCUACCAUUGACAAGGAUGCACUUCAGUCAUUGGCUGAUGAAUCGGUAUUUGUUGAUUCCAAAUGUUCUAUCUGCUGCUAUCAGUCGAGGCUGCACAAUGCUUCACCUGGAUAUGGAUUUCUUGCUGAGAAUGCAGUAUUGUUGA